GUUCUUAUGACAUCACGCUCUGUCAUGGCUGCGCGAGACAUAUAUGUCUCAGUAGGUCUGUAAAUCAGAGCAGAAAACUGUUGCGAUGAUUAAAACAGCUGCCAUAACAGAUAGUUUUGACUAAUGUUUCGCUAUAUGAUAUCAGUUGGUUGGUGUUUUUUGCGUCAAGUGUAGUGUUAGCUGUGUUGUAGCUCACAGGAAGGACCUCAUCAUGCAGACUGAAGCCAUGGUGGAGCAUCAUAGCGGCUCACAGAGUUCCUGCAAGACGGGCUCCAAAUCUUGGCAGUACAGCGAUCUGAUGGAAAAGGUGGAUGGUUAUUUGAUGAAGUACACCAAUCUUGUGACUGGAUGGCAGUAUCGAUAUUUUGUCCUCAACAAUGAAGCAGGGCUGCUGGAAUACUUUGUGAAUGAGCAGUCCAGAAAUCAGAAGCCCCGUGGCUCGCUGCCAUUAGCUGGUGCGGUGAUAUCACCGAGUGAUGAAGACUCUCACACCUUCACCGUCAAUGCCAUCAGCGGAGAGCAGUACAAACUCAGAGCCACGGAUGCAAAGGAGCGACAGCAUUGGGUCAGCCGCCUGCAGAUCUGUGCACAGCACCAUACAGAGGCAAUGGGCAAGACAAACCCACCUCUCCAGACUCGCAGUCUCUCUAUUGCAUCUCAGGGCAGUGGCAGUUCUCCAGGAUCUCAGCAUAGGAUGAAUCAGAACACGAAUGCUCUGUUGGGCCUAUCCCAGUUGCAGAGGGGCUCCUCUCUCUACUCCAGUAGGAAAUCCCUGCUGCCUGAUCACCUGCUGGAGGCCAGAGAGAUGAUGAUCCAGGCGCAGGGCCAUCACAGAGAACUGAUCCAGAGCAUUGAGGGUCUGCCAUCCUCUCAGAGACCUUCUCCACUGGACCAAGACCUGUUGCUGCUGAAAGCCACCUCCCUGGCCACCAUGACCUGCCUCAGCGACUGCCUGCAUAUCCUGCAGCUCCAGCAGGUGGCUCGACAGAAAGUUCCUUUUGGUGGCCCCGCCAUGGAUUGGCUGGAGCCAAAACUUCCUGACAUCCUGAAGAAUGGAGGGAUGCUGCCCAGCAUCACCAAAGAUGAUGGUAAAACAGAGGGAACAGUUCUAGAACCACUAGAAAUGGACUCUUGUGAUAUUACUGGGGAGCAGGAGGAGAUUGAUACCACACAGGAGGUGGAGGAGGACUCUUCAGCUGAAGAGAAGGAUAUGGGUGCUGUAGAAGAGGAGCGAAGUGUCAUUCUGCACCUCCUCUCUCAGCUGAAACUAGGCAUGGACCUCACCAGGGUGGUUCUCCCUACUUUCAUACUGGAGAAGCGUUCCCUGCUGGAAAUGUAUGCAGACUUCAUGUCUCAUCCGGACCUUUUCAUGGCCAUCACUGACGGCACCAGCCCGAUGGACCGCAUGGUUCGAUUUGUGGAAUAUUACCUUACAUCUUUCCACGAAGGUCGCAAAGGUGCCAUUGCCAAGAAGCCCUACAACCCCAUUAUUGGAGAAACCUUCCACUGCUCUUGGAGAGUACCCAAAGCGACAACACCUCAGACAGGGGUCCCGAAAGAGGGGACAUCAUUUACAUCAGACUGCUACAAUGUCCGCUUUGUGGCUGAGCAAGUUUCUCAUCAUCCACCUGUGUCUGGUUUCUAUGCUGAAUGUCCAGAGAGACAGAUGUGUGUGAACACGCAUGUGUGGACCAAGAGCAAGUUCAUGGGCAUGUCUAUUGGCGUCUCUAUGAUUGGAGAAGGUAAUCUACACUUAUUGGAGCAUGAUGAAGAAUACACCUUCAGUUUGCCCUCUGCCUACGCUCGAUCAAUCCUCACUGUGCCCUGGGUGGAAUUGGGAGGAAAGGUCAAUGUCAACUGCGCAAAGACUGGCUUCUCUGCAGUCAUCACCUUUCAGACAAAGCCAUUUUAUGGGGGCAAGCUGCACAGAGUGAUCGCGGAGGUUAAACACAACCCCACCAACACCGUGGUGUGCCGCGUGCAGGGAGAGUGGAAUGGGAUGCUGGAGUUUAUCUACACCAGCGGAGAGACACGUGUCAUAGAUGUUACCAAACUCCCUGUCACUAGAAAAAGAGUGCGGCCCAAUGAGCUGCAAGGAGCCUAUGAAUCCAGGCGACUGUGGCAGCAUGUGACAGAGUCUCUGAAGGAAAGGGAUAUGGACAAAGCCACAGAACACAAGCGCUUCUUGGAGGAAAAACAAAGGAAAGAGGAAAGGCAUCGUGCAGAGACAGAGACGCCAUGGAGGACCAAAUACUUUGAGCCCAAUGGUGAGGGAUGGGUAUAUUACCAACCACUGUGGAAAACAACAGCUCCUAGCUCUUCCCCAGUUCCCUCUCAGCCCAACCCAUGACCUCUGACCCUCUAAAAGCUGAGCACAGGCACUGUACACUCUCCAGCUAUAGUAAAC